AUGCUGGCCGAGAUUGACGAGAACUCCCCGCCGCCGCCGCCGCCACCGCCUCCGUUCGGCGCCCGCAAGGCGCCUCGGGGCCGGAUCUCUGCGGCCGCCGAUUGCAACUCGGCCGGCCGCCGCUCGUUUGCUCCGAGCAGCCGUCGGCAGAGCCUCGCGACGACGGGGACACACGCUGCGGAGUGGCGGCGGGCGCGCCGACAGAGCGAGCCCCUCGUGCCCCUCUCCGCAGCCGCUGACCGCGCGAGGCGGGCGGACCCGCUCUCAGAGCACGGCUACACCACGCUCGGGCCGAUCGCCUCGGGCGCGUUCUCGAUGAUUGUCAGGGCAAGGCACUCGAGCACGGGGAGGCAGGUGGCCGUCAAGUCCUUCUCAAAGGCGAGGUGUUCUCGCUCCGCGCUCACGAGCGGCGCGAUGAGGGCCGAGGUCGAGGCGCUGCUGGCGCUCCGCCCCUCGGCACACGCGCACGUGGCCAACCUGAUCGAGAGGUGCGUGUCACUCACCUCCAUCUCGCUCAUGCUUGAGUACUGUGCCGGCGGCUCGUUGCAGCGCCGGCUCGCCUCCCACUCGCUGCGGCGCGUCGGCCUGGACGAGGUCGAGGCGCGCGCCGUCGCCUCGCAGCUGGGCAGGGCGCUCUCCCACCUGCACCGGCUAGGUGUCGCCCACCGCGACGUCAAGCCGGAGAACGUCCUCUACACGGACGGCUCGCACGCGACGGUCAAGCUGUGUGACUUUGGCUUCGCGAAGGCGCCACCCGCCCCGCCCCGCCUGCCUCGCCUGCCUCGCCCUCCCGCCCUCCCGGCCUUGCUGCACACUGUCUGCGGCUCGCCGCAGUACAUGGCGCCCGAGAUCUCGAGCACUGGCGACGGCUACCGCGGCCCUCCCGUGGACAUGUGGGCGCUCGGCGCACUCGUCUACGAGUUGCUGCACGCGCAGCCCGCCUUCCGCGCCUCCACGCUACCGCAGCUCUCGAUGCGAAUCCAGCGGGGCGCGCACCAGCCGCUCUCCACCUCCCUCUCGCCGCGCGCACGCGCCGUGGUCAAGAAGCUCCUGCUCGUCGACCCGUCCGCCAGGCUGUCCGCGCACAGCCUCAUAGAGCAGCCGUGGCUAGACGAGCAGCACUUGCAGCACUCGCAGCCACCA